GAUGGCGCUGUAACCUGUCAUGGCCGCCUCCUAGUGUACAGUUUGACAUUGAACCGUCAGCGAAGCGACUAACGGCUGCACAGUAUUCAUUAUGGCAUCUUUAGUCGUUGAAACCAUGCAGGCUGAACUAGGGGCUGCAGAACCCUGGCCAGACAAUGCAGCCCUUUUCCAGCCAUAUCAAGUUGAACAGAUCACAUUUCCGGACUAUGCCCAGUGUUUGAGUGUCAAGACAUUUCUCCACAUGUGUGGACUCAACUUCAAUGUGGAGCUUCGGACUAACGCGGAAGAGAUGUCUCCCUCAGGUAAAGUUCCCUUCAUCCGUGUUGGAGCCUUCCUUGUGUCAGAGCUUGAUCCCAUCGUAGCCUUCGUCAACACAAGGGGAUUCCAGUUAAGCGGACAUCUUGACGAGCAGGAGAAGUCUGAGAUGCGGGCCUACAUGGCUCUUGUUGACAACCUACUGGUAAAUGCAGAGUUACACCUUGCCUGGUGUGAUCAACAAGUAUCAGAAGAGGUGAGCAAGCCGCGGUAUGGAUGUAUGCAUCCCUGGCCACUCAAUCGUGUGCUGCCAUUCAAGAAACAGAGAGAGGUCCGGGCUCGACUCAGCAGCCUGGGAUGGGGCAAGAAGACGGUGGACGAGGUGUGUGACGACGUGAGAACCUGCUGUCAAGAGCUGUCUGAAAGACUGGAUAAAAAGGCUUACUUCUUUGGAGACAAACCAACAGAGCUGGACGCGCAAGUGUUCGGUCACCUGUUUACUAUCCUGACCACAGCACUUCCUGUUAGAAGAUUUGCUGAAGUUAUCGAAGAAUACAAGAAUCUAACAGCAUUCUGUCAGCGGAUAGAUGAAAGGGUCUUCAAGAAAGCAGGACACAAGUUUUGAUGAUACAGUCUUCCCCUGUCUACCUGCAGCCAUUGGUCAUUGUGUGAAACUAGAUCCAUGCCCCCUGGGCCCCCUGGACAUUGGUGGGGACGUGACUGUGAUGUUUGUGUAGGCAUAGUAUGUGAAGGAUAGACGCUAGAGGUGUAAUGAUACGGUGAGGCCGCGAUACGAUACAUAUCCUGAUAAAAUGGGCACGAUACUUUUUUAUCCCUAUAAUGCGGGUGCAAUACAAUUGCAUCCCAAUAAGAAGGGUGCAAUACGAUUGUAUCCCGAUAAUGUGGGUGCAAUAUGAUUGUAUCCCAAUAAUGUGGGUGCAAUACAAUUGUAUCCGAAUAAUGUCGGUGCAAUAUGAUUGUAUCCCGAAAAUGUGGGUGCAAUAUGAUUGUAUCCUGAUAUGGGUGCAAUACAAUUGUAUCCCAAUAACAUGGUGCAGUACAAUUGUAUCCCAAUAACAUGGUGCAGUACAAUUGUAUCCCAAUAACACAGUGCAAUACAAUUGUAUCCCAAUAACAUGGUGCAGUACAAUUGUAUCCCAAUAAUAUGGGUGCAGUACGAUUGUAUUCCUAUUAAAUAAGUGUGAUACAAUUCGCAUUAUGAUACAGUACUUUUAUUUCAUGAGUUUAUAUUCUCCUCCUUUUUGCUGGUGAAUCACAUCCCUGUAUGACUUGUUCUCACACUGUAGAGCCCCUCAGAGGCGGUGGGGUAGCCUGGUGGUUAAGGCGUUGGCUCGUCAUGCUGAAGACCCAAGUUCGAUUCCCCACAUGGGUACAAAAAAAACUACAAUGUGUGAAGCCAAUUUCUGGUGUCCCCCGCCAUGAUAUUGCUGGAAUAUUGCUAAAAGCAGGGUAAAACCCAACUAUCUCACUCACUCAGAUCACAGAUAUCGUAUGGGAGACACAAAUGGCAUUGUCGAUUCUGCUAGCUAUAGCCAAUCAACUCUUACCAGCAUAUACUGUCUUUGAACAGCUUCUGUUAUUAUCAACAAGUUUUACAUGAGUAUAACUUUUGUUUAACAAAUCGUAUGCAAUAGAGGUGUUGUAAAUCAAUGUAUUGUAUCUUGGGCCUUGUAUCGGGAUACAAUGAUACCUUGCCGUAUCAUUACACCACUAAUAGAGUCAUAUCUGAAGGUCUGGUGCACAGUGUGUUUUUCAGGGUUUUAGGCUUAUGAACUGACAACAACAUUCCCAAUUUCAGAAUAAAUUGAGAAUAUUUGGGUUAUUUGUACUCUAAACAACAGAACAAUCAACCUGUGACUAGUCAAAUGAACAGACAACAGGGAACAAGCAGCCAGUGUAGAGCACAAUUUCCACCCUUAUGUACUUAUUGAAAUGAUUUCAUAUUAUAAAACAAAAAUAUUAUGUUGCAUGGUUCCAAAUGGGAAGCUCUAAAAUUACCAAAACAUAUCUUCACACAUGAUUCCAUCUAUUCACACAGCCUUAGUUGCUAAAGUUGUAGAGAAUCUACAGUCAGAACCAAAAUACUGUGCACAUAGGAUGAUCCACAGUGGGAUCCAGCUUAACAAUCAGAAAUUCAUAGAAAAUAACACAAUUACUGAAUAACAUUUCCUUAUCAAUGGAUACAUUUUGGAAAAGAUGUCUGAUGAGAUAUUACAAACAGAGUCUCAAGUUUCAGGUUUUGGUAAUACAAGAUCAGAGACCAUAUAUCCGUAUAUUGUCUCUGAUAAGAUUAAGACUUUGCAUGACAAUAUAUCACGAGGAGACAACUCUUUGAGUACCGAUGUAGGCUUAUCUCCCUUUGUUUAAAAAAUCCUGUUUAUGGAUAUCAAAUGGUCUAUCCUUUAGUAAGUAAAAUGCAUUCCUUUCCCAAUGUAAUAUGGCCAGAUGGACAUGGUUUGUAAAUGUUGUGUGUUUGAUAUGUGUGUCAGUAGCUGAAAGGGGAAUGGUUAUAUCUGAAAAUAAACAAUUUGCAUUUUA